AUGACCAAGCCCAUGAACCACUACUGGGAGAAUGGUAAAAGAACAAUAGACGAGAUGAAGAGAUGUUCUCUAAAGCAACAAUUUUGCUGUGAGCACCCACCUCUGCUAGACAUUCCUUUAGAGAAUGUUGUGCUGGAUGAGCUCCAUUUGAUGCUGAGGGUUACAGGUGAGAUAUAAAUAUGCUUAUCAUUCAACUAAGCACUGCCAUUAGGACUCAACUCUAUCUUUCUUUUAUUAUUAAACAGAUAAGCUAACAAAGAAUCUUGUGACAGAGGCAAUAAGCAGGGACAAAAAAAACAACUUGAAUAAGGCCCCUCGUGAUCAAACAACAACCCAUCUUGAUAGCCUUGUAAAAGCCAUUUGUAGCUGUGGUGUAUCCUUCAGUGUCUGGGAAAAACAGAAUGCCGAUGGGAAAGGGAGUGGACUCUACGACUUCACUAGUCUGAUGGGCACAGACAAAAAGUUACUACUGGAAAAGCUACCAGCCAAGCUGGAUGGCAUCAUUAGCCGAGCUACAAGUACCACAGUAAUAAAGCUCUGGCAGGUAUAUUUGUGAACAUCAAAUGUAAUAUUUGAAGUCGGCAUAUUUUUUAGAAAGAUAAUACAUCAAAUAUAAAAUUAAAAUCAUUCUGUUAACCAGGAGUAAAACUAUAUAUUUUCUUAAAAGAUUGACAAUGCAUAACGUUUCAUUUACUUAGGACUUUAAUGACAUCUACAAAAAAGACCUUCAUAUAAAGAACCCCACAGAUGAAGAUAUCGACAACUAUUUUGCCAAGGUAGAUAUAUAUGGUGUUUUGUACCACCUAUGGCAUAGAAUUAAUUGUUUCUCCAAUUUAACUGAUUGUUUGUUUUCUAUAGGUUACAGCUUGGGUGAAUCUUUUUCAAUCUCUUGGUGGGAAGUUGGAGGGGUAUGGUAAAGCCAAAGUAACACCAUACAUUCACUGUAUGGUUUACCAUAUCCCCUACUUCAUGGCAAAGCACAAAGGCAUGAAAAAAUUCUCUGGACAAGAUAUACAAUUUUGA